UUCACGGACGCAGAUCGUUCGUUUGGACCCAGAACACGGACUAACUCUGAAUUUUCCCCCUCUGACGGAUCUGGAUCUACCUGAGACUGGACCUGCUUUUAUAUUCACUGCGGAACUACCAGGGACCUGCACGCGCUGUGGAUCUGUGUUUUUAAACUGGAUCUGGUGGAUUACCUGACUGACUUCAACAUGACUCUGGAGGAGCUAGUGGGAUCUAACACCACCGACAAGAAGAUGGAGACCGUGGCUCAGGCUCUGGAGGACCUGCUGGUCGCGGCUCAGUGUCAGGACUGUCUGACUGUGGGGGUCUACGAAUCCGCCAAACUCAUGAAUGUGGACCCGGACAGUGUGGUCCUGUGCCUCCUGGCCACAGAUGAGGAGGACGCAGAUGACAUCGCCCUGCAGAUCCACUUCACGCUCCUGCAGGCCUUCUGCUGCGACAACGACAUCAACAUCGUGCGCGUGUCCGGGAUGCGGAGGCUGGCCCAGCUCCUGGAGGAGGACACGGAGGACAGCAACGGGAACGAGCCCCGGGACCUGCACUGCAUCCUGGUCACGAAUCCCCCUGUGCAGCCUCUGCAGUGUCAGGCCCUGCAGGACGUCAGCAGCUUCUGUGAGGAGAGUCGCUGCAGGAACCAGUGGGUUCCGUCCCUGGAGCUGCAGGACCGCUGAUCCGGGCCGGGCCGAGCCGAGCCGGACCGCCUUGGGAGCGGUGAGAGUGUGGAAACAGUCCAAACAGCCGUCCUCACGAAGACGAGGACUUAACGGUGUUUGAGGAGAAGAAGGACCGGGGGAGCGCCUCCUGGAGCCGGACUGGGCCCCUGUCAGAGCCGGUACCGGACCGGUUCUUCUGUGGACGAGGAGGGUGGAGGUUCAGGUUUAGGCCCAGCACAGAGCCGGAUGGAGGUUCAGGUUCAGGCCCAGCACAGAGCGGAGGUUCUGAGCCGUCACAUGACCCAGUGACGACGGCGCCAUGAACUGUGAACUGAUGAACGAAGGAACGAACGAAUGAGGAGCUGGACGCGACGCUCCGGACUGAGCUGCAGGUGCUGCAGGACUCACAGGACCUAUCCCAUCAUUCCAUGCUGCUUGUGUUGCCAUGGAGACCACAGCUGAUGAUGGUCUGGCCUGAGCACAGUUCUGUUUUUAUCUGUGUGUGAAUUCAAUGGUCACAUGUUCAACUGUUGGUGAAUAAACUGUUGAAGGAGAACACGCUGA